GAAACUCUUAAAAAGGAAAAAAAAACCCAAAAAACAAAUCGGUAACAUUAUAUCUGUAAACAACAAAAGAUUGAUGACACAAAUGUACAAAACACCUAGAAGGUUUUUCGUUUCGCUGUUUGCCAUGUCGGUUUUUUGAAAUGCUUCAAGAUUUAAUUUCUUGUGAAAUCGCCUCUUAAAAUAAUUAAAGAUAUUUCAUAUGAAAACCCGAUAUCUGUAAAACACCAGAACAUCAGACGUGUGUGGCAUGAAUGGAUUUCUACUUGAGAUACAUCAUGAAUAUCAAUAAUCUUUUAAAGACGAAAGGAAGAUGUUGUCAAUAAUAGAUAUAAACAUGUUUAUAUAAUAUAUCUGUGAUGAAUAACUGUGAAAUACUUUGUUCUGAACUGAGAUAAAUAGCGAUAUAUUACAUUUACAAGGAAAUUUGUAACCUUCAGAUAUAAAAAGAAACACAAUAGAUAUAAACAUGUUUAUAUAAUAUAUCUGUGAUGAAUAACUGUGAAAUACUUUGUUCUGAACUGAGAUGAAUAACGAUAUAUUACAUUUACAAGGAAAUUUGUAACCUUCAGAUAUAAAAACACAAGAAAAAAAUAUAUUUAUUGUGGUAGUAUCAGAAACAUUACAGAACAAUGAGUUAUGUGAGAAAGGAUGGCUUAUUUCCUGAAGAGAUGACAAAAGAAAGAGAAAAAUUAUAUCAUUGUGAUAUCUGCAAAACGUCUUUCUCUCAGAGAGAUAACAUAACUACUCAUAAAUGCAUUUCUACUCGAGAGAAACCAUAUCGCUGUGAUAUAUGUGGCGAGUCAUUUACAGUAAAGAGUAAUUUAAUUAGACAUAAUUACUCUCAUACAGGUGAGAAACCAUAUCACUGUGAUAUCUGUGGUAAGUCAUUCUCUCAAAAAAGUAUCUUAACUACUCACAAACACAUUCAUACAGGUGAGAAACCACAUCACUGUGAUAUCUGUGGGAAAUCAUUUGCAGUAAUUAGUGUCUUAAUAGCUCAUAAACGCAUCCACACAGGAGAAAAACCAUACUGCUGUGAUAUAUGUGAUAAGUCAUUCACUGUAAGGAGUAGCUUAAUCACACAUAGAUACUCUCACACAGGCGAGAAACCAUAUCACUGUGAUAUCUGUGGUAAGUCAUUCUCUCAGAAAUGUAGUUUAACUACACACACACGUAUUCAUACAGGUGAUAAGCCAUAUCACUGUGAGAUCUGUGGUAAAUCGUUCACUACUAAUGGUCUCUUGAUUGCUCACAGGCGCAUUCAUACUGGAGAAAAACCGUAUCACUGUGAUAUAUGUGGUAAAAAAUUCUCUCAGACAAGUAAUUUAAUCCAUCAUAAAUAUCUUCACACAGGAGAUAAACUCCAUCAUUGUGAUAUAUGUGGUAAAUCAUUGUCUAGCAGAAAUAAUUUGGUAAAUCACAAACGUAUUCACACAGGAGAGAAGCCAUAUUGCUGUGAUAUAUGUGGCGAGUCAUUCUCUAGAAGUAGUAUCUUGACUAUGCACAAACACAUUCACACGGGAGAGAAGCCAUAUCACUGUGAUGUCUGUGGUAAAUCGUUCUCUAGAAGUAGUCUCUUAACUAAGCACAAAUACAUACAUACAGGUGAGAAACCAUAUCACUGUGAUAUUUGUGGUAAAUCGUUUGCUGUGAAUGGCACUUUGACUAAACACAAACUCAUUCAUAAUGGAGAGGAAACCUCAUUGUGACAUUAUCAUUUUCAUCAUCAACAUUUAACGUCUGUUUUCAAUGGGUUGUAUGGCUUGGCAGGAACUGACGAGGUUAGGGGAUGCACCAGGUUCCAUAGUCUGUUUUGGCUUGGUUUCUAUGCCUGGAUAACUUUCCUAAUGCCAACCACUGUACAGAGUGUACUGGGUGAUUCAGACACAGCCCCAUCACGAGUGCUUUUUACAUAACACCUUGGUAUCAGGACCUCAAUUCGUUGUGGUGGGCAGGUAUUCUCCAGUACAGAUGAUCUGGGGUGGGGACUAUAUCUUGGAAAUCUGCCGGCCCAAUGGUUUCCCUUCAUGGCAGAGUUAAUAGUCAAGACUAUUUAAGCAUUUUAUCUGAUCAGAUUCAUCUUAUGGUUGCGGAAAUCUUUCCAGAGGGAAAGACAAUCAUCCUUCAGGAUGCUAAUGCACCAAUUCACACAGCUAAAGUUGUUGCUGAAUGACACGAAGAACACUCUAGUGAAGUUGAACAUCAUAUCUGGCCACCACACCACCCAGAUCUCAGUAUUAUUGAACAUUUAUGGUGCAUUUUAGAAAAACAAGUAAGGAGUCAAUAUCCUCCAACAUCAUCACUACCAGAACUGGAGACUGUUUUAGCUGAAGUAUGGACAAAAAUUCCUUUGGAAACAAUUUAAUCUUUGUAAAAAUCAAUAGCUCAUAGAAUUCAAGUUGUAAUUACUGCCAAAGGCAGUCCUACACCGUAUUAAAAUAAAUUUGUUUGAAAUUUUAA